AGUCACAUCUCCGUAUCUCCCAUCUCGAUCUUGUGGUAGGUUACAUCCCGUGGUAUAAUGCUCUGUUUGCUGCUACGUUGAUGUGAUCAAGAGAUAUUUACUGCCCUAGCCACACUUACCUGAUUGCAUUACUCCUACGUUCAAGCGCCUUACCAACAUCCCGGAUCCACGGUACUUCGUAUUGAAGCAACACUAGGGUGAGAAGGCGAGGAACCGGAGCGCGGUUCUGAUUGGGAAGCUGCACUAUACCGAACGAGGAGCUUAUUGGGGGAUGGGAUAAGUGUGGACUCAGAGGCUCUGAUUAUAUUGCAUGGAUGGUUAAGGAGAAAAGAGAGCUGCUGCACUAAAAACCGGCUGUUUCUUUUUGGAUAAUAUCCUUCCCAGACCUUGUAUCCAGGCCUCCUCUUUCCCUAACUAAAGGAAGCUACGUAGACUCCCAUCUGCUGAAAGAGUUGACAUGAACGAAGCAAGCAGCUCUCCUGUUCCCUCCACCCCCUACACUGACAGCACAGACAAUCCUGCUUCUCCAGGGCUCAAAGCAGUGUGUCUACCUGUGAAUGGCAACCACGCUGGGGCUCUCAGGAAAGAACCUAAUCCAGGGAAAAGUGCUGAGCUGCUCAAAGAUACUGAUGAGGGCCAGGGCUUCGGGAGUGAGCAAAACAGCAAUGGGACUGAGCAUCUGGGAACAAUAGCAGAGCUAGCAGCACUAAGGAAUGAAGUGCAGACUGUGGGGAGAACGCAGGAGCAGCCAGAUAGAGAAUGCAGUGCAUCCUUUGGGGACUCCAGCUUCAGAAGCACACCGAAUGGCCUGCUAACAGAGUCGGGACAGCAAGACAGCAUGGAGGGUGAGAGGAGGCUAACGUCUGCUCAUGCCAACGGAAUCAAUGGCGAGUUGAAAGAGGGUAAAAGCAUCAAUACUAACGUAGCCAAGGAGGACGAACACCCACCACAUCUACUAAAGGAAGGGGCUGCAGAUCUGAGCAAGCAGUCGACGGAAGAUGAAUCCACAAGAAACGCAAUGGGAGAGACGGUACACGCCGAUGUGAACCCCAAGAAAGAGAUUCAGUUACGAGACAACCGCGAUGGCUUCAGCUCCACGUUCGAAAGGAUUGUAGAGUCACAUCUGAUGAAAGACACCUACUACAGCAGCAUGGACUCUCUGGACGUGCUGUCGCUGACCGACGAGACGGAUAGCUGCGUCAGCUUCGAGGCGCCCCUCACUCCACUCAUCCAGCAGAGGAUCAAGGAGGGGCCAGAGCUCCUGGAGCAGCGGCAUGAGGUCCUGGAGCAGGAGCAGGAGCAGGAGCAGGAGCAGGAGCAGGAGCAGGAGUCGGGCGCCAGUCACUGUGCCGAGGGGAGCUACGGGAGCCCUCUGCGUCACUCCACCAUCACUAGCAGCAGGUCUGAGAACGUUCUGAGCAGGUCCUCCCUCAAGACCAUCCCCAACGGGUUUCACAUCGAUACAGAUGAGAUUGCAAACUCCAGCAGCGACGCAAACUUGAAGGAUGUCUUAUCGGACUCUGACUCAGAGAUGGGCAGUGUGGAGCAGCUGGAGCAGGGCAGCAUGGAGCAGCUGGAGCAGGGCAGUGUGGAGCAGCUGGAGCACGGCAGCAUGGACACGCUGGUGAACGGCUGCAAGGCUGACACCGACGCUGCCCGCAGACUCGCCAAGCGCCUCUAUCAUCUGCAGGGAUUCAAGCGCUGUGAUGUAGCGCGCCACCUUGGCAAGAAUAAUGAGUUUAGCAAGCUGGUGGCUGAAGAAUACGUGGGUUUCUUUGACUUCACGGGCCUGAGUCUGGACAGAGCACUCAGAACAUUUCUGAAAGCCUUUCCUUUAAUGGGUGAGACUCAAGAAAGAGAGCGCGUUCUCAUCCACUUCUCUCAGAGAUACUGCCAGUGCAAUGCGGAGGGUGUGACCUCAGAAGACGGAGUCCACACGCUGACAUGUGCUCUCAUGCUCCUCAACACGGAUCUUCACGGACAUAAUAUUGGGAAGAAAAUGUCCUGCCAACAGUUUAUAACCAACCUGGAUAGUCUGAACGAGGGAAACGAUUUCCCAAAGGAUUUGUUAAAGAUUCUCUACAAUUCAAUAAAGAAUGAAAAGCUAGAAUGGGCAAUGGAUGAUGAGGAGCUGGGGAAGUCCCUGUCCGAGCUGGUCGAUGACAAAUCUGACAGCGGAGUGAAGAAGGUGACGAGGAUCGUGUACAGCAGCAACCCCUUCCUCCACAUUCCACUGGCAUCCAAUGCAGCUACCUACAAGCACGGGGUCCUGACGCGCAAGAGCCACGCAGACAUGGACGGCAAACGAACUCCCCGAGGCAGGAGAGGUUGGAAGAAAUUCUACGCUGUUUUGAAAGGGACGAUACUGUAUCUGCAAAAGGAUGAAUACAAGCCUGACAAAGACCUUUCGGAAGUAGAUCUGAAAAAUGCCAUUCGCAUACACCAUGCCUUAGCUACAAAAGCCACAGAUUACAGCAAGCGGCCAAAUGUACUGAAACUCAAGACAGCUGACUGGAGAGUGUUUCUCUUUCAAGCACCGAGUGAGGAAGAGAUGCUGUCCUGGAUACUGCGGAUCAAUCUGGUCGCUGCGCUCUUCUCAGCCCCAGCUUUUCCAGCUGCCAUUGGCUCCAAGAAAAAAUUCUGUCGACCGCUCCUACCUUCAUCCACAACGAAACUUUCUCAGGAGGAACAGCUGAGAUCCCACGAAAACAAACUGAAGCAGGUCAUUGAAGAAGUGGAGGAGCACAGCCUGCACCCUCCAGAUAGAAACCUCAAAUCUAAAGAGACUGAGGAAUACCGGCUCCGAGAACACUACCUGACAUUUGAGAAAAGCCGAUACGACACAUACAUUAACCUCCUGAAGGCUAAACUGAAGGUACAAACUGAUGAUCUGGACAAAAUUGAGGCGAGUCUUUUCAGCAGCGAGAAUGAUGAAAGUUACUUAAGGAAGACACAGUCAAGUCCUUCGCUAAACCAAGGACACCUUUGUAUAAACGGGAAAGCUGAAAAGGAGAUUGUGGAGCAGAAGUGUUAGGAAGAACACAGACCGCGGUGACAUCAAACCUGCUUCAGUUCACCAUGAGCACAAUGAACUAUGACACGAGACCCCAGCUGGGUGACUGUUUAACAGGGACCCAGCUGCAAACAGUAUGUAUGUUCUCUUUGUAUUAUGUGGGAAAACUGCUCUUUUUAGUGCUUAUAUAAAUGACUUUCCACUCAUUCCAGUCUCUAUAUUAUACAAGCACGUUGACUGUUACUUUGUGUGCUCAAGGACACAUGCACAUUUCCAGCCAGACUGCUCCUUGCUGUUGCAGCUAAUUCCAUUUAUGCUUGAUUUAUGGUAGUUACUUCCAGUGCACAGCUUUUGGCAGCACGGAGACACGAUUCCUUUUUUGUUUCUCUUUAUUUCUUUUCUGAAAAUAUUGUGUUGCUUCCAGCACAUCAGCUAGCAGCAGGACUGCAGUGUCACAGUUACCAAUGUUUUAACAGUAACAGAAAGCAAUUGAAACAGGAACGCACCACUAACUGCAAUAAGAAUGUUGUCAGCAAACUAAGGUUUACAAUUUACUGAUUUAUAUUUGACAAUUAUUGCAAAGCAAUGGGGCUAAAUCCAUGUAUGUGUUUUUAACCAUGUAGCAGCAUGGUUAAGACAGAAAGUGCUAACAGCACUGAGUAAACAUAAUUACAGGAUAAAUGGUCAGGCCUACCAAACAAACCUCUGAUCUGGAAGUGUCUUGCACAAAAGCAGUUGUAAACCUAAAAUUAGAUUUUUUUUUCAAUUUAAAUAGUAUUUAUUUUAGAAUAAAGCUUAUACUUGUGUGUGUGCGCUACCCCUCAUUUGGUAUUAAGGUUGAUCAGAUCCUGUACAUUUUCUCACGUAUGUGUCAUUCAUGGUAUUUGAUUUCCAAUUUUUUAUUUUUUUUCUUCAACACACCCUCGAAAUAUGCUUUUAGAAGUCAGAGCUCAGCAUGGUUCAUUGCAAUAUUAUAAGAUGCUUCUUGUUGGUUCCCCACAGAGCCUUUGUGAGAAAAAAGAUGAGAGUGAGAUGAAUGUGUUUAUUACACCUGUGGAAGCAUCUCUCCUGACAGUUGAGAUGGGCUAGCUAAGUUAACUGCUGCUGCUAACGAGAUGGAUUGUGUUUGUCAUCACAAGGAAGCUCACACAUGCAUUCAGAUUGGGAGGGGUGUGCUUACACACAUGCAUUCAGAUUGGGAGGGGUGUGCUUACACACAUGCAUUCAGAUUGGGAGGGGUGUGCUGACAGGGAAGCUCACACAUGUAUUCAGAUAACCCUAACCCUUAAUCCCUAACCCCUAACCCCUAACCCCUAACCCCCACAUACUCUUAACUCGUAAUGGCCUUUAAGAGGCCGACAUUUUACAUUAAAAAUGCCAACGAAGGAAAAUUCCCUUCCAAGCAGCUUUUAAAACACUCAAUGUGGAAGUUAAUUGCCAUUGACUGGUACUCGGUUGUAAAGGUGAGGGAAGGAUAUCUUAUCUUGUUUUGAAAUUAACACACGAAUGAAUGGAUUUAUUCAAUACCUGCCGAUAAAUACUGCAGAACGACAAUUACGAGUGCGAGUAUCAGCACCCUCCUACAAAUUAGUCUAAGUCUCUUACCUUUCAGCUUUUAUUUAUGAUCCAAAAACCCCUUGUGUGGACCUAACUAGAAGCAUCUUGCAGUACGCUUUAGUAGAGAAAAUAUUGUUAUAAACCUCAAGCUCAAGCUAAAAUAAGUUUCAAGGAUGUAUGAAAAACAGAAACUAUAAUUGCAUGACAUAAAUCAUACGUAGGUGAAAUAAUUAUUUAAUUCUAUACACCCUUGUGACAGGAUUGACCGAGGUUUGAGACAGUAUAAAGUUCAAAAAUAAAGUCUUUAAUAAACAAAAAUACAAAAUAAACCGGCACAAGGGCCAAACAAAAAGGUUUUAAACAUAAAAUAAACACAAAGCAAAACUUACAAAAUAAGCUUUCCAGGCUGGGCGUUGUCUUCACUGGAUUACCAAAAACAGAAAACACAGCACAAACAAAACACUCCUUCUCUUCUUCCAGAACUCUCCUUCUACAACUCUCUCCUCUAGCCAGGGCCUCUCCCCUGGCUUUUAUCCCCUGUGGCUGGAGCCCAAUUAAUCAAUAAUUGCUGAUUAUUCAAUUAGGGCUCCAGCCACAUUCUCACAUGUUUUCCUGGCAGGGAGGAAUUUUAACCCCCUCCCUGCCAGUCCCAACCAUGAUCAUAAAGACGGGGCAGUCCCCCGUCACAACCCUAUUCAUUCUAUGUUUAAUAGUACCAUCCUACAAAUCAUAAACCAACUGGAACAACCUAUUUCCACUGGAUUAUUAUUGUAUUUCAUUAAUAAUGACACCAGUUGAUUUAAUAUAGAGUUAAAGGAUUGAUUUAGAUUUAGAAAUGAAGGCCAUCUACAAUGUCAGGAAUCUAACAAGUGGUUGUUGGUGCUUAACCCAACCUAGGUUACAAUACAGAGUCCGUCUUCACAAUUAUAACAAGAGCUUGCAGAGAACUCCAAACCUGGGUUACAAUACAGAGUCCGUCUUCACAAUUAUAACAAGAGAGGUUGCAGGGAAUUGUGAUGCUCACACAGUCCAUGGGAUAUGAAUAACUGAGAAAGCCUCCUAGGUAGUUGACUGCUUGGACUAUCCAGGAGAGUUUAUCUUUUAACCCAGCCCUUCAUCUCAACCCAUUCUUCCCAGCCACUAACAAGCCAGAGCCCAUAGCCUUGAGGUUAGCAAACUGGUCUAAAGUUCUGUUUAUUUUAUAUUGUGUUUUUUUUUAUUAUUAUUAUUAUUUUGCUGAGAUUAAUGAUUUGUGGAGCUGAGAAUAAUAUGUACUUUAUUUUUCCGUUUUACUCAAUCUCGUUUUGGAAUCCACAAUAUGACCCGUGAAUUGCAAUGUGCCAAAUGAUACUGCUUUGCUAAGCAGAUGCAGAGUUUGAAAGUAAUUCUACAAACUAGUAAGCCACACGAGGGGGGGGGGGGGGGAGUCCUGGAAUAGCCUUGGUUUAUUUGAUAUAUUACAGCCACACAAGGACAGGGGAGACCUGUAACUACCCCAGGUAAUUCAGAGAGUCUGUUACUGACGAGUCUCUCACUCAGUUGUUUAUUUUUAGAAAAGAAGAAAAAACUAGGUUUGUGAUUAUGUUGGUGUUUAUUGAAGAUCUUUUUGAGAUCUUGACGGAUGGUGGGAAAUGCUUUUCAGAACACUACAGUUGCUUCUGUUUUUAUUAAAUGCCGCUUUUGAACUUCAGAGCCUAAUUCAAGAAUCAAAACAUGUUUUUAGUGUAAAUCAUCAGCUGUCCAUUCUGAGAAGACCCUUCUUGUUAUUACAGAUGUGCAAGCCUAUGUAAUCCAGUGCUUUAGGUAGUUUGCUGUUUAUAUGAGAAUACAGCAUUUGUUUGUUGGUUAUAUCCCAUUAUUCCUUCAAGAAGGCUAUUUGUCUUUCGUAUCAAUUGCACUUUAUUAUGCUUUAUUUCUGUUAAUUGUAAUUUAUUGUAUUAUUUAUUGUUUGUUUUUCAUUUUUAAUGGCAUUUGUAAAGAUCCAUUUUGCUGAACUCAUCUGUGAUAUAAAUGCUUUUUUUAUUAUAAAUAUGUUGGGUCACUUUUUAUUUAUUGAUAAUUGUAUCCUGGGCAUAAAGAUUACAUGUAAAUGUGUUCAUUUUGAAAUGAUUAAACAUAUAAAUGCACAGGCAUAGAGAAAGGGUACAUGACUUGAAAGUAAACCAUGCAUUUCAACUAUCUGACUGUGUUGACUCUGAGUUAAAGCCUUGUCCACUAUACAGAAACUGUAACAUGUGUUCUUUAAACUUCCACAAAUGUUUAAUAAACAAUCCCACAGGGUCCAACGCU